UGCGAAGGGGGAGGGGACAGGACGGAGGCACCGCGGGGAAGGCUCAGGUAGAGGAGGGACGCGAAGGCAGCCCGCGGGCUCAGCGGUCCGAGGGGGGGAGCUUCCCUGCUGCACCCUCGUCCCAGGGCCGCCAACUUCCCGCCGCGGCGGCGACUUUCAGUUUCAUUUCCACGGACUCUCGCGCCUGGGCCGCAGCCGCCGCCGCGAUGCCCAGCAAGUUCAGCCGCCGGCAGCUCCGGGAGACGGGCCAGCGCUUCCAGAGUUUCCUGCUCGCUCGGGGGCUGGACACGGAGACCGAUCGCGAGCGGCUGCGGACUAUUUAUAACCGGGACUUCAAGACCAGCUCUGGGACUCCCACCCCUGGCUUCUCCUCCAUGCUGUAUGGAAUGAAGAUUGCAAAUCUGGCCUUUGUCAGCAAGACUCAGGUCAGGUUCUUCAGCCUUGACCGCUGGGCCGACGUGCAGUUGCCAGAAAAGAGGAAAAUGAAGCUGGGGUCGGAUAUCAGCAAACACCACAAGUCACUGCUAGCCACAAUCUUUUAUGACAGGGCUCAGUAUCUUCACGGGAAGCAUGGGGUGGAUGUGGAAGUUCAGGGGCCCCAUGAAACCCAAGAUGGGCAGCUCCUUAUCCGCCUGGAUUUGAACCACAAGGAGGUGCUGACCUUGAGGCUCCGGAAUGGAGGAACCAAGCCUGUUACCCUCACGCAUCUCUUCCCACUGUGCUGGACCCCCCAGUUUGCCUUCUACAAUGACCAGGAACUGCCGUGCCCACUGGACCCUGGUGAAUGCUACGAGCUCCACGUCCACUGUAAGACCAACUUUGUGGGCUACUUCCCAGCCACAGUGCUGUGGGAGCUGCUGGGCCCAGGAGAGUCGGAUUCAGAAGGUGCGGGCACUUUCUACAUUGCCCGCUUCCUGGCCGCCGUGGCGCACAGCCCGCUGGCUACACAGCUGAAGCCUACAGCUCCCUUCAAGCGCACCCAGAUCUCUAGAAACUCAAUGGCGACCAACCGGAUAGAGGAAGGGGAGAGACCUGACCGGGCUAAGGACUAUGACCUGGAGCUAAGUAUGCCACUGGGGUCCUACCACCCACCACACCGCCUCAGGCAGCUGCUCCCCAUCCUUCUUCAGAGAACAAAUACCUUCACUGCCCCAAAGGAGAUUGCCGAGAUCAAGGCCAAGCUGGAGACGAACCUGAAGUGGAAGAACUAUGAGGUGAAGUUCCGGCUGCUGCUGCACCUGGAGGAGCUACAGAUGGAGCAUGACAUCCGGCACUAUGACCUGGAGUCCGUGCCCAUGACCUGGGACCCCGUUGCCUGGAAUCCCAGGCUGCUCACACUGCAGGUUCCCGGCGUGGCUGAGAGCCGCCCCUCAGUGCUUCGGGGUGACCACCUGUUCGCCGUUUUGUCCUCUGAGGCGCACCAGCAGAGCCCCGUCACCUACAAGGGCUUUGUGCACAAGGUGGAGCUGGACAGUGUCAAGCUGAGCUUCCCCACAAGCCUCCUGAACCGCUUUGUGGAUGGACUGACCUUCAAGGUGAACUUCACCUUCAACCGCCAGCCUUUGCGGGUCCAGCACCGAGCCCUGGAGCUGACAGGGCGCUGGCCACUGGGGCCCCUGCUCUUUCCCGUGGCCUCUCGUGGAGUCCCUCUGCUGCCCUCAGAUAUGAAGCUCAAGCUGUUUGACCGGAGUCUGGAGUCGAACCCAGAGCAGCUGCAGGCCAUGAAGCACAUUGUUAUGGGUACCACCCGUCCCGCCCCCUACAUCAUCUUUGGGCCUCCAGGCACUGGCAAGACCGUCACGUUAGUGGAGGCCAUUAAGCAGGUGGUGAAGCACUUGCCCCAAGCCCACAUCCUGGCCUGUGCUCCAUCCAACUCGGGGGCUGACCUUCUCUGCCAGCGGCUGCGUGUCCACCUGCCCAGCUCCAUCUACCGCCUCCUGGCCCCCAGCAGGGACAUCCGCGUGGUGCCGGAGGACAUUAAGCCCUGCUGUAAUUGGGAUGCCCAGAAGGGGGAGUAUGUGUUUCCCGCCAAGAAGCAGCUGCAGGAGUAUCGCGUCUUAAUCACCACCCUCAUCACUGCCAGCAGGUUGGUGUCGGCCGAAUUUCCCACCGAUCACUUCACACACAUCUUCAUUGAUGAGGCUGGCCACUGCAUGGAGCCCGAGAGCCUGGUGGCCAUCGCAGGACUGAUGGAAGUCAAGGAGACCGGCAACCCAGGAGGGCAGCUGGUGCUGGCGGGAGAUCCUCGACAGCUGGGCCCUGUGCUGCGUUCUCCACUGACGCAGAAGCAUGGGCUGGGGUACUCACUGCUGGAGCGGCUGCUCACCUACAACCCUCUGUAUAAGAAGGGCCCCACCGGCUAUAACCCCCAGUUCAUAACCAAGCUGCUGCGCAACUACAGGUCUCAUCCCACCAUCCUGGACAUUCCUAACCAGCUCUAUUACGAUGGUGAGCUGCAGGCCUGUGCGGACGUGGUGGACCGAGAACGAUUCUGCCGCUGGGAAGGUCUGCCUCAAAAGGGCUUUCCCAUCAUCUUUCACGGCGUAAUGGGCAAAGAUGAGCGUGAGGGCAAUAGCCCGUCCUUCUUCAACCCUGAAGAGGCUGCCACGGUGACUUCCUACCUGAAGCUGCUCCUGGCGCCUUCCUCCAAGAAGGGCAAGGCGCGCCUGAGCCCCCGAAGUGUGGGCGUCAUCUCCCCAUACCGGAAGCAGGUGGAAAAAAUCCGUUAUUGCAUCACUAAACUUGACAAGGAGCUGCGGGGCCUGGAUGACAUCAAGGACUUGAAGGUGGGCUCCGUGGAAGAAUUUCAAGGCCAAGAACGCAGCAUCAUUCUCAUCUCCACCGUGCGAAGCAGCCAGAGCUUUGUGCAGCUGGAUCUGGACUUUAAUCUGGGUUUCCUUAAGAACCCCAAGAGGUUCAACGUGGCUGUGACCCGGGCCAAAGCCUUGCUCAUCGUAGUGGGCAACCCCCUCCUCCUGGGCCAUGACCCUGACUGGAAAGCAUUCCUGGAGUUCUGUAAGGAAAAUGGGGGGUACACUGGGUGCCCUUUUCCUGCCGAACUGGACCUGCAGCAGGGACACAAUUUACUCCAAAGUCUGAGCAAGCUCAGCUCUUCUACCUCAGAGCACACUUCUUUCUGCCAGGGGCCUGUGGUCGAGACUGCCUCCCCCAUGAGCAGGCCAGCGAAGGGUGCCUGUCUGUGCAAGUGGAGCCGGAGUGGAGGAACGAGCUCUGAAGACACGGCUGCCCACCCUCUCACACCGUCCGAGCCUUAACCCCCUGCUGCCUGACCCUGAACCAGAACCCGGCUAAGCUGUCCCUCCCAGGGAUGGGGAAGGCUGGGGGACAGAGUUUACAACCAAGCCAUUCCACCCUUUCUCCUGCUGUGGAGAAGAAAGCUGCUAAUGAUUGGGGGAGGGGAGAGGAAGAAAAACUGAAAACAAAACCUUGUUCUAUACAAAAGCCUCUUGCUCA